AAUGCACGAUAAACCAAAGUUUGUAUCCGAAUUGAAAACUGCCGAGUGCAAUGUCGGAGAAACUGUUGUUUUGGAAUGUGAAGUUUCCAAGGAGAAUGAAACAAUUAAAUGGUACCGAAAGGGAAAGUUAAUAAAACCAGGAAAAAGGUUAAGAUAUGAAAUCGAUGGAAAAGUCCACCGAUUAAUCAUUAACGAAGCAAGUAUGGCCGACGAAAGCGAAUAUACAGCAAAGUUAGGGACAGAGACUACUAGAGGAGCUGUCACCGUCCAAGAAUCUAAUCUUACAAUGGCUCUGCAAGAUGAAACGGUUUCUGAAUUUUCACCUCUUGUACUAAGUUUAACAACAUCAAAAGUAGUUAAGAAUGUUGAGUGGUUUAAGGACGAUAAAAAACUGGCUGGAAAGAGAUACGCUCAAAAUUCCGAUGGUAAACUUCAUACUUUAACAAUUAACGAUGUAAGACGAGACGAUGGUGGAAUAUACGUUGCUGUUGUUGAGGAAGAGAAAAAGUCUUGUCAUGUUGUCGUUAAUGAAGUUCCAAUAAUAUUUACGAAAUCAUUGGAAGAAAUAACUGUAACAGAAUCUUCAGAUAUCAUUCUAUCGUGUGAAACUAAUAAACCAGUUAAAACUCUUGAAUGGUUUAAAGACGAUACGCCAAUCAAGAAAGGCGACAGAUACGAUAUAACAUCGGAAGAUACAAACUUUACGCUAACAAUUAAGGAUAGCGUUUUAUCCGAUGCCGGAAAAUAUAAAGCUGUUGCUGACGAUGACGUAGAAACAAUUGCUAAUUUACAUUUAGAUGAACUUCCGGCUAUAUUCACUAAGGCUCUUCAAGAAAUGAACAUAAUCGAAAAAGAACCAGUUACUUUAGAAUGCGAAACCAAUAAACCAACAAAUAAUGUUGAAUGGUCUAAAGAUGGCGAAAAAUUAAAACCGUCUAAAAGACAUAAACGCGUAUCGAAAGGUAGGCGUCAUUUGUUGCAUAUUUUAGAUACUAUUCCAGAAGACGAAGGUGAAUACGAAGCUUCCGUUGGAAAUGAGAAGACUAGUGCUAAAUUGAAUAUUCAAGGUAGUGAUUUAUUUGGAGGAUUAACGCUUUUUAUAUCUAUAAUGAAUAAUGAUUUUUGUUUAGAAUUAUCUGCGGAAUUUACAAUUCCACUGGAAGAUAAAACUAUCACCGAGCACCAAGAAGUAUCGCUUAAUUGCGCUUUAUCUAAACCUAAUAAGGAAGUUGAAUGGAAAAAAGAUUCAAUACCUUUAACAAAUGAUGACGACAACUAUGAGAUUACAACUGACGGUUGCGAGCAUACGUUAACCAUCAAAGAUGCUACAAUGGACUAUAACGAAGCCAAAUUUACCGUUCAAUGCGGCGAUAAAUCAACUAGUGCUAAUCUAUAUGUUGAAGAACUUCCGGCAGGUUUUAAAUCGCCACUUUCUCCUCAAUCGUGUACCGAAGAGGACACAAUCGUACUCAGUUGCGAAACUGAUAAAAAUGUACCGGUUAAAUGGUUCAAGAAUGGAACAGAAAUAACCGAAGGUCUUCGAUACAAGAUAACUCAAGAAGGGAAUAUCUGCUCUUUAACAAUUAAAGAUGCUAAACUAUCAGAUACCCACGACUACAAAUGCGUAAUCGUUAAAAGCGGAAAUAGUUGCCGUGCACCUGUUGUAGUUAAAGAGAAACCAACUGAAGUUAUUAUACCUCUUCAAAAUCAAAUUUCUUUCGAAGAGGAUACUGUUACAUUUACAUGCGAACUAAAUAAACCAAAUAAAACUGUUAGUUGGUUUAAGGAUGAUACAGAAUUAACUGUUUCAAAUAAUGAAUAUUCAAUAACGAACGAUGAAUUUACAUAUUCUCUUACCGUUCAAAAAUGUUCAAUGAACGAUGGUGGAAAUUAUACAAUGAGAUGCGAAGAGGCCGAAACAAAUGCUAAUCUAACUGUUCAAGAAAAACCAAUUGAGAUAACUAUACCGCUAAAAGAUAAGACAACAAUGGAAAAAGAGACUAUUAAAUUAACAGUUAAAAUUUCAAAACCAUCCGAAAAAGGAAAAUUCUAUAAAAAUGGAGAAGAGAUAACCGUUUCUGAAAGAUUUCAACUUGACAAGAGUCAAGAUAAUCAAGAGUUUACAUUGACAAUAGCAGAUAUAACUUUAGAUGAAAAUAACGCUACGUUUAGCUAUAAAAUAGAACAAGCUACAACUAGUUGUACAGUUGUUGUUAAAGAACUUCCGAUAGAGAUUAUUAAAGAAUUAAAUAAUAUAGAAGCAAUUGAAGAAGAUACUGUUGAGUUUACAUGUAAACUGUCUAAACCAAAUAAACAUAAUGGUGUCUGGAAAAAAGAUAAUGAUGUUAUUAGUGCCGAUGCUAAAUUUAAAAUUGACACUAACGAAGAAACGCAGAGUCUAACGGUUUCUUCCGUGACUUUGGAUGAUUUUGGCAUUUAUUCUUACUCUAUUGAAAAGGUUUCAACAGAAGGAAGACUAAUUGUUGAAGAACUUCCACCUAAAAUCAUCGAACCUUUAAAGGAUCAAACAACAACUGAGAAACAAACUGUUAAAUUUACUUGUAAACUAUCGAAACCUAAUAAAAAAGUUAUGUGGUUUAGAGAUGGUAAAGAAAUAGAAAAGAAUGAAAGAUAUAGCUUCGAAAUUGAAAAUUGCUCCUAUACAAUGAUCUUAAAGGAUACAGUAUUAGACGACGAAGCUCAAUAUUCCAUGAAAAUUUGUGAUGAAGAGACUAGCUGCGUUCUAAGAGUUGAUGAAGCGCCUGCUGAAAUAAUAAAGCCUUUGAGAGAUAUGAAGUGUAAAGAAGAAGAAACUGUAACUCUGGAAUGUACAUUAUCUAAACCAAAUCGUCAAGUCAAUUGGUUCAAGGGUGAAACCCUAAUUACGGCGAACGAUAGAAUUGAGAUAUCGUGUGAUAACAACGUCUAUUCGUUAACUAUUAAAGAUAGUAUUCUCGAGGAUAAUGAUACUUAUAAGCUAACCGUUGAAGAAGUUAGUACAAGUUGUAAAUUAACAGUUGAAGAACUGCCCUUAAGAUUUAUAAAAGAAUUGGAAGAUGUAGAAACUUACGAAGAAGAAACAGUUAUAUUUGAAUGUAUCAUAAAUAAAUCAGAUAGAAAGUCAAUAUGGAAGAAAGGCAAUAAAGAAAUUAAACCAACUGAUAGAAUACUAAUCGAAACUGAAGGACCAUCUCAUAAACUAACAAUAAAUAAAUGUGAACUAGACGAUUCCGGUAUUUUAAGAUGUUUUAUCGAAGAUUUAAAAACGAAAGGAAAAUUAAACGUUUCCGAAAAACCAUUGGAAAUAAUUGAACAUUUAAAAGAUAUUCAAACGAAGGAAAAUGAAGAGAUAACAUUGUCUUGUACAGUUUCAAAACCAAAUCAAAAACCAAAAUGGAGAAGGAACGGUAAAGAUAUAAGAAAAGACGAAAGACAUGCUCUUAAAUCGGAUGGACAAAUUCAUACUUUAACAAUAAAAAAUACAAAUAUGAAUGAUCACGAAGCUAAAAUUGAAAUUGCUUUUGAUAAAUUAACAAGCAAUUCUAAAAUAUUUGUUGAAGAGGAUCAACUAGAAAUUAUUAGACACUUGGAAGAUCAACAAGUAGACAGUUUUGAUAAGACUUGUCUAUUUGAAUGUGAAUUUUCUAAGGAAAUUCAAGUAGAAUGGAUGAAAAAUAAACAAAUUAUUAAAAACACUAAAAAAUAUGAAAUAUCCUCAAAUAAAACCAUUCAUACUCUUAAAGUAUCUAAAAUCAAUAAUGAAGACGAAACUGAAUAUACCUGCUCAGCCAGAGGAUUGUCAACUUCCGGUAAACUUGUAAUAAAAAUAGUUCCUCAGUUAUUAGAUGAAAACUAUAAGAAAAAAGUUGUAACAAAGAUUGGUUCAAAAGAAACAAUAACUAUACCUAUAAGAGCCUAUCCUGAACCAAAUGUAAUCGCUUAUCUAGAUGAUAAUGAAUUAGAUGAGGAUAAGCGAAGAAAAAUCUCAUUGGUUGAUGAUAAAUUAACUUUUGCUAUUACUAAAUGCGAGAGAGAAGAUACGGGAAUCUAUAAAAUUGUCAUAAGGAAUAAUUAUGGAGAAACAACAGCUGAAAUUGACUUCACUGUUCUGGAUAAACCUUCACCUCCUAUAAAUCUAUCUGUUUGCGAUAUAACUGCCGAAAGUGCUGUAUUUAAUUGGAAUGAACCAGAAGACAAUGGAGGUUCGCCAAUCACUGGAUAUCGUAUUGAAAAGAGAGAAAUGUCCAGAAAAAUGUGGAAAGAAGAAGCAAAACUAAAAGAAAUGACUUUCAAAUCAACAAAAUUGAUUAAGAAUUCCACUUAUACGUUUAGAGUGUAUGCCAUUAAUGAUAUUGGUGAAAGCGAGCCAGCGGAACUUCCCGAACCAUUCGUUGCUAAGGAUCCAUUUAAUGUUCCCGGCAAACCGGAUGCUCCAGUAGUAUCUGACAUCUUCUCAGAAAAAUGCAAAUUAUCUUAUAAACCUCCAGAAGAUGAUGGCGGAGCUGAAAUUAUUGGUUAUGUUAUUGAAAAGAAAACAAAAUCGUCUUCAAGAUGGAUAAAAGUUAAUAAAGAUUUAUGCUCAACAUUAGAAUAUAAUGUUACAGACUUGCUUGAAGGAGAAGAGUAUCAGUUUAGAAUUGCUGCUGAAAACAAGGCCGGUCUAGGACCAUUUAGUGAACCAUCUCAGCCUAUUUUAGCAAAGAAUCCAUGGGACAAGCCAGGAAAACCCUCCAAACCAGAAGCUUCGAGUGUAAGCGGAACUUCAACAAACUUGGAAUGGAAAGAACCUGAAAAUGAUGGAGGUGCUGACAUUGUUGAGUACAUUAUGCAAUUCAGAACGGAAAAUAACCCCCAAUGGAAAGAUUAUACUGAUAAAACUCCAAACACGAAAACAAAGGCUAAAGGCUUAAAAGAAAAUGAAUCUUAUCAAUGGCGAGUGGCUGCUAUCAAUAGAGCUGGAAGAGGAAGCUUUUCUGAACCGUCUGAUUAUAUACAAACAGUUGAGCCCGUUGUAGGUAAUGCUCCUGAUUUGAAAUCAGGAUUGGAAGAUAAAUUAGUCGUCGUCCCCAAUUCAAUAAAAUUAACAGCCGAAAUUCAAGGCGAACCUGAACCAAAAAUUUCUUGGUACAAGGAUUCAAAACCCGUAUUCAGCGAUCGGCUGAUUACUGAAUAUGAUGGUUCAUGCGCUACACUUUCUAUCGAAGAAACAGCAACAAGCGAUGAUGGAAUAUAUAAAGUUCUCGCUACGAACAAAUUAGGAGAAAUUACUAGCGAAGGAAACCUUACAGUUCAUACCGUACCUCAUAUUACAGCAGACGAAUCUUUGAAAGAGAUUAUUAUCAAAGCUGGAAAGACAUGCCGAAUUCCCAUUACAUACUCUGGAAUACCAAAACCAACUGUACAAUGGGUUCAAAAUGACGAAGACAAAACCGAAAAUGCUACAACAAAUAUUAAGGAACAAAAAUCAGAACUAACACUGAAAAAUUGUGAGGGUGGCAAUUCUGGAACUUAUACUGUUACCGCUGAAAAUCAGCAUGGUUCAGACUCUGCUUCUUUUGAUCUAAUCGUAAAAGAUCGACCGUCACCUCCAAGGAAUCUUCAACCAAAAGAAAUUUAUAAUAACUUCAUUGUUAUACAAUGGGAUGAACCGGAAAGUGAUGGCGGUGAACCUAUUCAAUCCUAUACUAUUCAUAAAAGAGAUGCUCAGAAACAAACUUGGAUUAAAGUUGACAGCACUCAAGCAGAUGUUCGACAAAUUAAAAUUACGAAACUUACUGAAAAUCAUUCAUACUUUUUUAAAAUUGUCGCCGAAAACUCUAUUGGAAUUUCAGAGCCGUGUGAAAAUACCGAAGCAAUUAAGGCUGAAUUGCCAUUCAAACCUCCUGGACCUCCAGAGAAUUUGAACGCUUCUAAUACAUCAAAAACUUCAACGACAUUGAAAUGGGAUGAGCCUAGCAAUGACGGUGGAUCACCAGUAAAAGGUUACUUUGUUGAGAGAAUGUCAUCAUACAGUUCGAAAUGGUCGAAAGUAAAUCAAAAGUUAGUAAAAGAGAAAGAAUUGAAUAUAUCAGAUUUGGAAGAAGGUGUAGAAUAUAAAUUCCGUGUAAUGGCUGAAAAUGAAGCGGGACAAGGAGAACCGUGUGAACCAAUCAUACUUACUGCAAAAGAUCCGUUUGAUAAACCUGGACCUCCUGAGUCUAUUGAAGUUUCCGAAAUGCAAGAGUCAGUCAUGAUUGUGCAAUGGAAACCACCAAAGAAUGACGGAGGUGCCGAAGUUACAAACUACAUAUUAGAAGUGAAAAGAAAGGACGGAAGAUCAUGGAAAAGAAUUGGUAAAGAUGAUAACUUACUAGAUUUGAAAUACAAGUUUGCGGAUUUGGAAGCCGAUGUAGAAUACGAAUUCCGAGUUGCAGCUGAAAAUAAAGCAGGCGUUGGAGAUUAUUCGAAGACUUCUAAACCUGUUAAAUUUACGGAACCAAUCAAUUUUGCUACUCCUCUCGAAGAUCAAACCGUUAGCGAAUUUCCAGCAACAGCUUCUUUUGAAUGUAUUAUAAGUAAAUCAAAUUUGAAAGCGAAAUGGUUGAAAAAUGGCAAAGAGCUUUCUAAAACCGAUAAAAAAUACAAAAUGAUUUCUAAAAACGGUACUCAUCAGUUGCUCAUUCAGGACGUUGAAGGAAAAGAUGAAGGAGAGUAUACAGUUGACUUUGAAUCUGUUAGAAGUACAGCUAAUCUCUAUGUGAAAGUUCCACCAACUUUUAAAUUUGAUAAUUUCAAAGAAGAAAUUAUACUUAAAGUAGGACAGUCAACUGUUCUCGAAUUUCCUUACGAAGCAUAUCCAACACCGGAUGUUAUAUGGUCAUUCAAUGAAAAUGAAAUCGGUACUGAUAGAAUCCAAUGUGAAACAAUUACCAGAAUGACUAGUCUGCGUCUUAAGAAUGCGAAAAAGUCUGACGAAGGCAUAUUCAAAGCAAUUCUUCGUAAUCAAUAUGGCGAAGGAUCUUGCAGCUUUUCAGUGAAAGUUUUGGAUAAACCUGGACCGGUUGAAGAACUAACACCAAAAGAUGUUGAAGCUACAGAAGUGACUCUAUCAUGGUCAGAACCCGAGUCCGACGGAGGUUCACCCAUAACCAGAUAUAAAAUUGAAAGACGAGAUGUAAAGAGGACUUCCUGGAACAAUGAAGUUUUCUCUACAGAACCGAAAAUUUUAAUAACCAAGUUAAAGGAGGGAAAUUCGUAUCUCUUCAGAGUUUGUGCUGAAAAUUCAAUUGGCUUUGGUCCGUGGACUGAAAUACCCGAACCAGUGAUUGCCAAAAGCAAGUAUUCAGUACCCAGUCCACCUCUAAAUCCAAGGGUACAAGAAAUAUUUAAGAGCGAGUGUCAAGUUGGCUGGGAUGUACCUGAAAAUGAUGGAGGAAAACAGAUAACAGGUUACAUUCUUGAAAAACGAAAAACAAAUAGCAAAUUAUGGAUUAAGCACAAAGCUACCAUAACUGAUACUGAAGUCAAAAUCUCUGAAUUAGUAGAAGGAAGCGAAUACGAAUUUAGAAUAUUAGCUGAAAAUGAAAUAGGUACAAGUGAACCAUCCGAAUGUACUAAGCCUAUAACAGCUGAGGAUCCGUGGAAAAAGCCUUCCGCUCCUGGCAAACCAGAUAUUUCAAAAGUUAAAGGAAAAUCCAUGAAUUUAGAAUGGACUGCACCAGAAUCGGAUGGAGGGGCUAAAAUAGAUGAAUAUGUUCUAGAAUAUAGAACUGAAAGAGAUAUGUCUUGGAAGAGCUAUAAAACAAAAGAUACCUUGACAGAACUAAAAGCUAUAGCUACUAACUUGAAAGAAAAUGAAUCUUAUCAAUGGAAAGCAGCUGCUGUUAAUAAAGCUGGUCGUGGUCCUUUCGGGGAGCCAUCUGAUUUCAUUAAGGCAGUCGAACCUGUAAUUGGAUCUGCACCAGAAAUCAAGCCUUGCCUUGAAGAUCAGACAAUUGUAUCACCCAAUACCGCUACUUUUAAAACAAAUAUUGAAAGUAAUCCCGAAUCAAAAGUAACUUGGUACAAAGACGGUAGACUUUUACAAAACAGUACUACUGUAUCAAUAUCAUAUGACGGAUCCCUCGCCGAGUUAACUCUAAAGGAUACCAAGGAAAAAGACGAAGGAACAUAUAAAGUAUUAGCUGUAAAUAAGAUUGGUAAAAGCGAAAGUGAGGCAAAUCUAGUCGUAGAUGCUUUGCCAAAAAUAUCCUUUAAUGAAAAAUUGAAGAAUGUUUCUCUGAAAGUCAAUCAAAAAUUAAGAAUUGAAACUCAGGUUGAUGGAAAACCAAAGCCGACUCUCAAAUGGCAAAAGGAUGACACAAUCCUCGAUGAAGCUACUUCAAAAAUUGCAAUCGAUAAAGUAAACCUCCAAGAUAGCGGAGUAUAUAAAUUAACAGCUGAGAAUCAACACGGUUUAGACUCUGUUGAAUUUACAAUAACUAUUAAAAAUGUACCAUCGCCUCCAAGAAAUCUUCAACCAAAAGAAAUUUAUAAUAACUUCAUUGUUAUACAAUGGGAUGAACCGGAAAGUGAUGGCGGUGAACCUAUUCAAUCCUAUACUAUUCAUAAAAGAGAUGCUCAGAAACAAACUUGGAUUAAAGUUGACAGCACUCAAGCAGAUGUUCGACAAAUUAAAAUUACGAAACUUACUGAAAAUCAUUCAUACUUUUUUAAAAUUGUCGCCGAAAACUCUAUUGGAAUUUCAGAGCCGUGUGAAAAUACCGAAGCAAUUAAGGCUGAAUUGCCAUUCAAACCUCCUGGACCUCCAGAGAAUUUGAACGCUUCUAAUACAUCAAAAACUUCAACGACAUUGAAAUGGGAUGAGCCUAGCAAUGACGGUGGAUCACCCGUAAAAGGUUACUUUGUUGAGAGAAUGUCAUCAUACAGUUCGAGAUGGUCGAAAGUAAAUCAAAAGUUAGUAAAAGAGAAAGAAUUGAAUAUAUCAGAUUUGGAAGAAGGUGUAGAAUAUAAAUUCCGUGUAAUGGCUGAAAAUGAAGCGGGACUAGGAGAACCGUGUGAACCAAUCAUACUUACUGCAAAAGAUCCGUUUGAUUUACCAUCAACUCCUGAUAAGCCUUCCGUUACUGUCUUGGACAAACACUUUAAAGUAGACUGGGAACCAGUAAAGUCAGAUGGAGGAGCUGAAAUAAUUAAAUAUGUUUUGGAGAUGAGGGAAAAGGGUGAAAGAAAAUGGACAAAACUGGGUGAAAAUGAAAAUCUUAUGGAGAGAACUUACUCAUUUUCCAAUUUAAAAGAAGGAAUUGAAUACGAAUUUAGAGUUGCCGCAGAAAAUAAAGUCGGUACAAGUGAUUUCUCAAAACCAUCAGCAGCAGCAGUUUAUGUGGAAAGUAUAAAUUUCAUCACUCCGCUAGAAGAUCAAACGGUUGAAAGCUUUCCAUCGAAUGCCACUUUUGAAUGCUGUAUAUCCAAAGAUGAUCUUAAACCAAAGUGGUUUAAAGAUGGUAAAGAGCUAAGAAAAAAUGCUAAAUACGAUAUGGUUAGCAAAAAUGGUACUCAUUCGUUAAUAAUCGAAGACGUUGAUGGAAAAGAUGACGGAAAGUACACUGUAAAGUUUGAUGAUGUGGAAACAUCAGCAAAACUAAAAGUUGCAGUACCGCCUACAUUCAAUACAAAAGAUACACAAGAUGAAAUUAAACUAAAAGUCGGACAGGCUACUGUAAUCGAAUUCCCUUAUUCGGCUUAUCCUAAACCCAAGGUUUCCUGGACAUUUAAAGAUAAACGCAUCGAAGAUACAAGAAUACAGACAGAAACAAUAUCAAAUAUGACCGUUUUAAGAUUGCAAAAAGCAAAGAAAACUGAUGAUGGAAUAUUCAAAGUUCAUAUUGAAAAUGACUACGGCGAAUGUUCCCUAACCGUUAAAGUUAUCAUUUUAGAUAAACCUGGGCCAGUUGAAAAUUUAAAGGUAACUACUGUUGAUUCAUCAGAGGUAGGUUUAGUCUGGGCUGAACCAAAUUUUGAUGGUGGAUGCGAAAUUGAAGAAUAUAUUAUUGAAAAAAGAGAAAUUAAGAGGUCUUGGACCAGUGAAACGAAAACUGAAAAGUUAAAUUGUGUUGUUAAAAAUUUGAAUGAAGGAAAGACAUACAAUUUUAGAGUAGCGGCAACAAAUGAAGUUGGUACUGGAGAAUGGACAGAGUUAAGAGAGCCAGUUACUCCUAAAAGCAAAUUUAAUGUUCCUUCUCCUCCAAGAGAGAUAAAGAUUACAGAGUUUUCUAAGGACAGUUGUGUACUUACAUGGAUAGAACCUGAAAGCGAUGGUGGAAAACCAAUUACUGGAUAUUACAUUGAAAAACGACAAACUUCAAGUAAAUUAUGGAUCAAAGUCAACAAACAAGCUGUUACAGAAACUACGACUUCCGUUAUGGAACUUAUUGAAGAUAAUGAAUAUGUCUUUAGAGUUGUAGCCGAAAACGAAGUUGGUUUAAGCGAACCAAGUUCCGUCAGUGAACCAGCAACAGCUAAAUCUCCUUACGAUAAACCAGACAAGCCAGGAAAACCAAUUGCUUCAAACUUGAAAAAGAAUAGCGUAAAAUUAAAUUGGAAUGAACCAGAAAAUGAUGGUGGUAACGAGAUAUUUAACUAUGUUCUUGAAAUGAGAAAAGACGGCGAUUUUAAAUGGAAGAAAGUUACCGAAGAGACUAUUAAAAGUACUGAAUUCAAUGUUAAAGGUCUUAAAGAAAAUGAAAAGUACGAAUUUAGAGUAGCUGCCGAAAAUAUGGCAGGUGUAGGUCAAUUUUCAGAUUUAAGUGAUCUAAUUCUUAUAAAAGAAAAGAUAGUCGGACAAGAACCUAAAAUACUUCAAAACCUGGAAGAUCAAAUAGCAAAUCAAUCGGAAGCUGUAUCUCUCGAAUGCAAAAUUGACAUUGGUGAACCAAAGAGUAAAGUAAAAUUCUUUAAAGAUGGUAGAGAAAUAAUAGAAUCAAGCAAAUAUACAAUUGCUUCCGUUGAAGAGACAAUUACUCUUAAAAUCAACAAUGUAGAAAUGAAGGAUGAAGGCACUUAUAAAGUUGAAGCUAUGAAUAAACUUGGCAAAGUGGAAAGUAGCUGUAGUCUUACAGUUUAUCUUCCUCCAAAUAUCUCUUAUGAUGAUAAAUUCAAAGGCAAACUCAUACAAAAAGCUGAAACAACAUUUACUUUUAAUUGUCAAAUUACUGGUAAACCUAAACCAGAAAUUUCUCUUUUGAAAAAUGAUGAGGAUUGUGAAUUAACUGUUGAAAUGAUUAAUGAAAGUGGAAAACUUUAUAUAAAGAAACUUCAAUCAAAGGAUACGGGAGAUUAUAAAAUCUGUGCGAAAAAUAUUGCUGGAGAAGCUGAAGCUACUAUUCAACUUCAUAUAUUAGAUAAACCAUCUCCACCGAGAAAUCUACAUGCCACCGAAAUUUAUAAGGAUUACAUAAGUGUUGAAUGGGAGCAACCGGAAUCUGAUGGAGGUUCUGAAAUAACGAAAUAUAGCCUUGAAAGAAAAGAUGAGAAACGUAAUAGAUAUGUAACGUGCGGAGAUACUGAUGCCACAACUCUUAAAUGCAAGAUUACCAAAUUGAUCGAAGGAAAUUUGUAUUCGUUUAGAGUUUUUGCUCACAAUGACGUAGGGUGUAGUAACCCCUGCGAAACAGAAGAUCCAAUCAAGGCUCGUCUACCAUUUGAUCCUCCUAAUCCCCCAAGAAACUUGCGUAGUUCUGAAAUUACGAAGAGUUCCGCAACUGUACAAUUUGAUGUACCAGACUACGAUGGAGGCUCACCAAUAACAGGCUAUUACCUUGAGAAAAAAUCCGGAACUAGAUGGGUUAAAGUAAAUAAGAAAUCGAUAAUGGAAAUGAAAUUUGAGAUUAAGGAUCUAAUCGAAAAUGAAACUUUUGAAGUAAGAGCCUUAGCUGAAAAUAACGCAGGCAUCUCUAAACCAUCCCAAACGCUUGAAUUCGUUGCAAAAAAUCCGUUUGAUGUUCCUGGACCGCCUGAAAAUGUCAGAAUAGAUGAAAUCUCUGAAACAUGUCAAUUACUUUGGGACGAACCUAAGAAUGAUGGUGGUGCUAAAGUUGAAUAUUAUACGAUAGAGAGCAGACUACAAGGGGAAAUUUCAUGGAAAAGCGUAACAAAGAAAGUUGUAGAGAAAACCACUGAGAUUAAUCUAGAAGAAUAUAAAGAAUACGAAUUUAGAGUAUGUGCAACAAAUAAAGCCGGAAGUGGAAAUUUCUCAAAAAUCCUUAGUAGUAUUAAAUACAUACCAAAAAUAGAUUUCGUUGUUCCUAUUGAAGAUGUUACUGUUGAAAAAUUGGGUGGAGCUGGAACGUUUGUAUGUGAAGUAACAAGGGAAAAUCUUAAACCUGAAUGGUUCUUUAAUAAGAAGAAAAUUAAUAGAAAAUCAGACAAAUUUGAAAUAACUAGCACAAAUGGAAGACAUAGUCUUAAAAUAAACGACUGUAUUGGAGAAGACGAAGGAACUUAUUCCGUUAAAUUCCCAGAUUUUGAUGAAUGUUCUGCAAAGCUAUUUGUUAAAGUUCCGCCAAAAUUCAAUAUGGAAUCAAUAGAACAGAAUAUUACACUACAUGCUGGAAAAUCGCAUGUUGUUGAAUUUCCAUUCGAAUCUUAUCCAGCACCGGAAGUUACAUGGAAACUAAAUGGCUCUAGAAUUACUGAAAAACGUAUUCAAACGGAAACUAUUCAUAGUAUGACAGUUUUAAGAAUGGCUAAAGUUCAAAGGAAAGAUAGUGGAAAAUAUACUGUAAAGAUUAGCAAUAAUUAUGGUGAAACUGAAUUAACCGUUAAAGUUACAGUUCUUGAUAAACCUGAUAAACCUAAUAACUUUCAUGUAAAAUCAUAUACUGAGGAUUCAGUUAGCCUACAAUGGUCCGAACCCGACGACAACGGUGGAUGCAUCAUCAAUUCGUAUAUCCUUGAAAAGCGUGAAGUCUCUAAAAGAACAUGGACUAAAGUGGAUGAUGUAGAAGAUGUCGAAUACGAUGUUGAUGAUUUAAAAGAGGGUACUACCUAUCAAUUUAGAGUAGCUGCCGAAAACGAUGUAGGCAUGGGUGAAUUUGUAGAAUUACCAAAGCCAAUUACUCCAAAAACUCAGAAAGAAAAACCAUCUCCGCCAAGAAAUCCAACAGUUAAUGAACAACGAAAGACUCAUAUUAAAAUUUCAUGGGAGGUUCCAGAAAGUGAUGGCGGAAGUGAACUACUAGGAUAUUAUGUUGAACGUAAAACUUCAUCGAGUGCCAGAUGGAUAAGAUGUAAUAAAACUCCGCAGGCUGAACUCGAAAUGACUUUCUCAGAUGUUAUUGAAUCUACCGAGUAUAUAUUUAAGAUAGUAGCUGUUAACAAAGUUGGAGAGAGUGAACCUGUUGAAACGCAACCAAUUAUUGCCAAAGAUCCAUGGGAUAAACCGGGAAAGCCUAAUCCCCCAAAAGUAUCCAAUAUAAAAGAUACUUCUGUGAAACUUAACUGGGAGGCACCGGACAACGGAGGAAGCGAAAUUACAAAUUAUGUUCUGGAAAUGAGAGCUGAAGAAACGAUAGGAUGGACCUUGGUUACUAAAAACAAUAUUAGAGAUGUAUGCUUUGAUGUCAGGAAGUUGAAAACUAAGGAUCUCUACGAAUUUAGAGUUGCAGCCGAAAACUGCGCAGGACAAGGACCAUUCUCUGAUCCUUCUUCGCCAGUGAAAGUUGAAGAAAAAUUAGUUGGAACUGGUCCAAAGAUUGUAAGCGACUUGUCCAAUGUAACGAAAACCAGCCCAAACAAAGUGAUCUUGGAAUGUUCCGUCGAUCUUGGUGAGCCUGAGGCUAAAGUAUCAUGGUUCCUCGAGGAGAGAGAACUUAGCGUUGGAGAUAAAUUUGAGAUUCUGCAGAAGGGUCAACUAGCUGCAUUGGUAAUAAACAAUUCGACGAUAAAAGAUACUGGAGUUUAUAAAAUAGUUGCAAAGAAUAAAAUAGGAAUUGCCGAAAGUGAUUGUUCAGUAACGAUUAAUGAUACACCAAAAUUGUCAUGGAUUAAUGAACCAGACUUAAGGAAUUUGAAAGCUGGACAAAGCGUUAAUCUCUCAGCGAAUUUUACUGGAACUCCACAACCAAAUAUCUCUUGGUUUAUAAACAACGAUAUUCUAGAAAUUAAUGAAAAUACCAGAAUAGAAGUAAAAGAUUCAGUGACAAAUUUGUCAUUGAAAAAUAUCAAUGGGAAGUACUCUGGUAAAUUAGGAGUUAUGGCUGAAAAUGUCGUAGGAAAGGAGGAGAUUGACACCGAAAUUAUGGUUAAAGAUAUACCAUCUCCACCUCAAAAUUUAACUGUCAAAGAGAUUAACAAGGAUUAUGCAAUAAUCAAAUGGACCAAACCCCAGACUGAUGGAGGAAGUCCAAUCGUCUCAUACAAAAUUGAUAAAAAAGACAUAACAAAGACGACUUUCAUGAACUCUGGAAAUGUUUCUGAAGAUUCAUUUGAACAUAAAGUAACAAAACUGAUUGAAGGACACGAGUAUCUAUUUAGAGUUGUGGCUGAAAAUGCUGUUGGUGAUAGUGAGCCAGCUCUUAUAACUGAGCCUGUAAAGGCUAGAUUGCCAUUUGAUCCACCAAAUCCUCCAAGGAACUUGAAAGUCAAAGACAUUACUUGUAACGGAUGCCAGUUGACUUUUGAGGAACCAAGCUUUGAUGGAGGUUCUCCCAUUACAGGCUACUAUAUUGAAUAUCUAGCUGGUAACCGAUGGAUUAAAGUAAAUAGGACUCCUAUUAAAACGUUGGAAUACGUUAUCAAAGACCUGAUUGAGGGUGAAACUUAUGCGUAUCGAGUAAUAGCUGAGAAUAAAGCAGGUUUAAGCAAACCGUCUGAAGAAUGUAAAGAGUUCGUUGCUAAAGAUCCUUACACAGUUCCUGGAAAACCAGGACGACCCGAUAUAGUAGAAUUACAAGCAACUUCCACCGAUUUAACAUGGACAGAACCCGAAAGUGAUGGUGGAGCCACCAUAUCAAAUUUCGUUGUCGAAUAUAGAGAAACUACAAUGAGAAAAUGGAAAGUGGCAAAUAAAGAUAUCAUAGUAUCAGUUAAAAAUUUCUCUGUGGUUGGUCUAGAAGAAGGAGUUGAGUAUGAAUUCAGAGUCACAGCAGAGAAUAAGGCUGGCUGUGGUACUCCAUCCGACCCAAGUAGAGCAGUUAAAUACGUUGAACCAAUUAUUUUCACUAAAGACCUACCAAAUUUAAAAUUGAACAAGUUGAACGAAACAGUUGAACUUGAUUGUGAAAUUUCACGUAGUGAUCUGAAAUUACAAUGGUUUAAAGAUGAAACACGACUAACAAAAAGUGACAAAUACGAAUUUAAAUCUCAAGGAAAAGUUCAUAAAUUAAUAAUUAAUGACGUCACUGAAAAAGAUUCGGGCGAUUAUUCUGCCACGUAUGAUAAAGCAUAUACUUCAGGAUCGAUCGAAAUUCAUGUUCCGCCAUCAUUUAAGGAACACGCAUACGGCGAUCAGAUAAUUCUGAAUGUUGGCCAAAGUUCAGUUAUUGAAAUUCCAUUUGUAGCUUGGCCUAAGGCUGAUGUUGCAUGGAAAUAUAAGAAUGGAAAACUACCAGAUGCAAGAAGAUUUAAAGUUGAUACUAUUCACGGAAUGACAUCAUUAAAUCUAUCGAAAGCAAAGAAAACUGAUGCUGGAUUGUAUAGUAUUACUAUUGAAAACUUGUUGGGUAAGGAAACCCUUAGUAUUGAAAUUUUGGUCUUAGAUAAACCUGGAAAAGUACAAAAUUUGGCUGUUCAAGCAACAACUGAAAAUUCAAUCACGCUCGAGUGGGAAGAUCCAGAAGACGAUGGUGGUUGCCUAAUUACUGAAUUCGUUUUAGAGAAGAGAGAAACUUCAAAACGCAACUGGGAAACAGUUGGGAAUUCUACAGUUUUGGAGUAUGAAAUUGAAAAUUUAACCGAAGGCAAAAACUAUACAUUCAGAGUAGCUGCCGUAAAUCAAGUAGGAACGGGAGAGUUCUCCGAAUUAGAUAAGAGUGUUCAAGCCAAGAUUCAAGCAGAUGUCCCAAGUCCUCCUUUUAAACCAGAAAUAUCCGAUAUCAGAUCCAAUUCUUGUAAACUUUCAUGGGAUAAACCAGAUAAUGAUGGUGGUUCUCCAAUUACUGGCUAUAUGGUUGAGAGAGUUGCUAGAGGAUCAUCCAGAUGGUUAAAAAUAACAAAAUCUCCUGUUGAGGAGACAUCUUUCUCAGUUGAGGAUUUAGUGGAAGAUACUGAAUAUUCUUUUAGAGUAAUUGCAUUAAAUAAAAUAGGUCAGAGCGAACCUGGAAAACAAUCCGAUACGAUACUUGCGAAAGAUCCUUGGUCGAAACCUGGUAAACCAGAACCCCCUAAAGUUUCAAACAUUAAAGAUACAUCUGUAUCUUUAUCAUGGAAACCUCCAGAGGACGAUGGUGGUUCAGAGAUUACGAAUUAUGUUAUUGAAUCUCGAUUAGAAGGCGCAUUCAAAUGGAAAAAAAUAACAACGCGCACAAUAACAGAAUUAUUCUACGAAGUGAAACAAUUAAACACUAAAGACGUCUACGAAUUUAGAAUAGCUGCUGAAAAUAUGGCUGGUGUUGGUCCAUUUUCAGAACCAUGUCAACCAGUUCUUAUUAAAAAACCAUUAGAUGGAGCGCCACCUAAGCUCUUACAACCCCUUAUGGAUAUGGUAGUUAUUGCUCCAGAAGAAGUUCAUCUCGAAUGCGAAUUUGAUGUUGGUAAACCUCCAGCAAAUAUAACCUGGUUUAAAGACAAUCGUCAAAUACAAAAGAGUAGUAGCUAUAAGGAAAGCUUUAAUGACAAACUGGCUGUGCUCUACAUCAAAAAAACAGAAGCUUCUUAUACAGGAAAAUACAGUUGUGAAGCUUUGAAUAAGCAUGGUAAAAUUUCUACUGAAUGCUUUUUGGAAGUUCAAUGUCCUCCAAAACUUACUGUUGAAAAAGACGAAUACAUUGCAAAGGAAGGUUCCUCAUUAAAAAUCAGAGUUAAUUAUUCGGGUAUUCCCCAACCAUCAUUAAAAUGGCAACAUAACAACAAUGAUAUUCUCAGAGAUAUAACAAGUGAUGGAAAAAUAACUGAAUUAAGUUUAACAGAUAUUAACCAGGAAAAUACCGGACAAUAUACAGUACAAGCGAAAAAUGAAGUAGGAGAAUAUAAAGUUGAAUUUAAAGUUAAAGUUCUGGGCAAACCUUCAGAACCUCUAGAUUUAGAGGUUCAAGAGGUUAAUAAGAGCUAUGUUGUACUGGUGUGGAGAGCACCGAAAUCGAAUGGUGGCUCUAAUAUUCAGAAAUAUAUUAUAGAAAAAGCAGAUUCUACUAGACUCAGCUUUACAACAGCUGGAAGUACCGAAGAUUUAGUAUUCAAAGUUGGUAAACUACACGAAGGUAAUGAAUAUAACUUCAGAGUCGCAGCUGAGAAUGAAGUUGGAGUUGGAACUUAUGCAAAAUUGAACGAUAUCAAAGCAAGAUUGCCUUUUGAUCCUCCAAGUCCACCAAGGAAUGUUUUGGUAGGAGAUAUCACAAAAUCAUCUUGUAAAUUGACAUGGGAUGCACCAGUUAACGAUGGAGGCAACAAAAUUUCUGGAUAUCUUGUGGAAAAAUGCACUGGAUAUUCAUCUAGAUGGAUUAAGAUUAACAAGGAAGAAAUAAAGAAUCUUUUCUUAUCCAUUAAUGAUCUUGUUGAGGAUAGUGAAUACGAUUUUAGAGUUAUUGCUGUAAACGAAGCAGGACAAUCCAAGCCUUCUGAAUCAACUGGAUUAAUAAAAGCGAGAGAUCCAUACGACAAACCAAAUAAACCGGAAAGUUUAAAAAUUGAAGAAUUCUUAGCAAAUAGUGCAACUCUUAAAUGGAAUGCUCCGGAAAAUGACGGUGGAAGUAAAAUCAUAGAAUAUAUUGUUGAAUGGAAAAGAGUUGGAGAAAAAAGAUGGAGGCAAAAUAAAGUAAAAGACACAGAGUUUACUGUAAAAAAUUUGGAUGAAGGAGAAGAAUACGAAUUUAAGGUUGCAGCAAUAAACAAAGUUGGUCAAGGAAGUUAUACAAACACCAUGUCAGGAAAAUAUAUUGAUGAUAUUUACUUCAAGAAGACUUUGGAAAAUUUAACAAUUACCAAACUCGAGAAAUCUAUAAAAUUUGAAUGUGAAAUGUCAAAACCUGAUUUGAAAGUUGAUUGGUUCUUUAAUUCAAAAACCAUUAGAAAAGACGAUAAAUAUGAUAUACAAACUAGUGGUUGUACCCAUACACUACUUAUUAACGACCUCAAUAUAAGUGAUAUUGGGCAAUACCGAGCAUCAUAUGGAAAUUUAAUGACUGAAUGCGAGUUUAACAUUGAAAUGCCACCCAAAUUUGAGAAACAUUCGAAUAAAGAAAAGAUCAUUCUAGCUAUUGGAUCAUCAUGCGUUAUAGAAUUACCAUUUGUCGCUAGUCCUGCUGCCAAUGUAGAAUGGACUUACAAUGGUUCCUCUCUACAUUCGGGAAAGAAACUGAAAAUUGAUACUAUAACGAGGAUGACUUCGCUCAAUAUUUCAAAAGUAACACCAAAGGAUGCUGGUAACUAUUCGGUUACAAUAAAAAAUAAGUUUGGCGAAGCUAAAUUCGACUUUAAACUAAUCAUUCUCAAUAAACCUGGACCACCUGAAAAUUUUAAGGUUACAAAUUUCACCGAAUCCACAGUAUUUUUACAAUGGCAAACUCCAAAGAGUGACGGUGGAAGUGAUAUUAUAAAAUAUGUUAUUGAACAAAGAGAAUCAAAUAGACGUUUAUGGCAAAAAAUCUGUGACGUUGAAGCUUGUAAAUUUGAAGUAACUAAUCUCUUUGAAGGAGAGAAGUAUUCAUUUAGAGUUGCUGCCGUAAAUGAAAUUGAUAUUGGUGAAUUUGCUGAAUUGGCAACAAAUGUUAUUCCAAAAUGUACCCAUGAUCCUCCUGGUCCACCCUCAAAGCCUAUUGUUGAUAAAAUAUUAAAGAAGUCUUGUGAGCUAACCUGGAGAGAACCAACAGAUAAUGGAGGAAGUGAAAUAACAGGAUAUUAUGUAGAGAGAUGCUUAGCAGCAAAGGUGAAAUCAUCAGCUCGCUGGAUUAUAAUUAAUAGGCAACCAAUCACUGAACUCUUCUACAAGACGGAGGAUUUAAUUGAAGACAACGAAUACGAAUUUAGAAUUAUAGCUGAAAACAAAGUAGGAAGAGGACCUCCAAGUCAGUCUUCUGAAGUAAUUAAAGCUAAAGAUCCAUGGGAAAAACCAGGUAAACCUUCUAGUUUAUCUCUAAGUAAAUCUUUCCUCAAAUGGAGAGCUCCUACUUCCGAUGGUGGAAGUGAAAUUUUCAACUAUGUCGUCGAAUAUAAACUUUCGGACAGUUUUAAAUGGGUAAAAGCCACUAAAGAAGGAGUUUAUCAUUCGGAAUGUGAAAUAGACCUAUCUAAGCUCAAUUUUAAAGAGGAUGUCUACGAACUUAGAGUAGCGGCUGAAAAUGAAGCUGGUGUAGGAAAUUUUUCAGAAACUUUUACCUCAACUAAGGAAGAAAAAGCAAAGAAAGGAAUAAAGAAACCGGAAAUAUCAAGAGAACUUAAAGAUUUAUCCGUUAUAUCACCUGAGAAAAUAAGUCUUAAAGUUGAAGGAAGCUUCGAAAAUUGUAAUUUUAGCUGGUAUAGAAAUAGUAAAGAGAUAUAUCCGGGAGGGAAAACAACUAUUUCAAAUAGUGAAGAAUCUUCAUCUCUUACCAUAUCUGAAUCCCAGACUAACGACGAAGGGUGUUAUAAAGUAUUUAUAAAUAACAAAUCUGGUAGUACCGAAUCAGAAUGCACAGUAUCAGUUAAAGUUGCCCCAAAAAUCACUUUUACUGAAAAAGACCUUAAACAAACUAUUAAAACUGGUAACUCAACCAAUUUGCCUAUUAACUUUAUCGGACAUCCAAAACCUCAAAUAACCUGGACAUUUAACAAAGAAAUACUUCAAGAAAGUGAUAAAGUAAAGAUAUCAACUGUUUCUGAUCAUUGUAUAGUAGAUUUAAAGAAUGCUUCAAUGAAGCAAAAAGGUAAAUAUAGAGUUGAAGCUAAGAAUGAUAUUGGAAGUGAUUCGGUUGAAUUCAUCUUGGAAGUAAUUGAUAAACCAGAGCCACCUUGUAAUCUAAGAGUAAAGAAUAUGGAAAAAGAUAGACUAACUUUAACAUGGAACGAACCAGAAUCAGAUAAUGGCUCUCCAAUAAAACAGUAUAUUAUCGAGAAACAAGAUGUAAAUAAGCCGAAUUGGCUAACUGCUGGAGAAACUGAUCAAUUGGAGUUUACUGUUACCAAAUUAUUCGAAGAUAGAGAGUAUUCUAUAAGAGUUGCUGCGGAAAAUAAGGUUGGUUUAAGUAAAUACGCACAACUCUCCGAAACGAUUAAGACGAAAUCUAAAACUCAACCACCUUCACCACCGAGAAAAUUAAAAAUAGCUGAUAUAACUCAAUCGUCUUGUAAACUUAGUUGGAAAGAACCUGAAAAUGAUGGUGGUUCAUCAAUAAUUGGCUACUAUGUUGAAAAAUUACAGAAAGGUUAUGGAUCUAGAUGGUUAAAAAUCAAUCAAGCUCCAAUCGACAAGACAUUUGUUGAAAUAAAAGAUUUAAUUGAAAUGAACGAAUAUACAUUUAGAGUUAUCGCUGAAAAUAAAGCAGGAAUUUCUUCUCCAAGUGAAAAAUCAGACAAAGUUACAACUAAAAAUCCCUAUAAUAAACCAUCGGCACCUGGUAAGCCUAAAGUUGAAGUCGAAAGUAAGGAGAACUUUAAAAUCAAGUGGACAUCACCCAAAGAAGACGGAGGUGCCGAGAUUAGCCAUUAUAUUCUGGAAGAAUAUUCAAAUUUCCGUUGGAAUAUUGUUGAUGAGAAAAUUAAGAAAAAUGAAUACAUUUUGAAAAAUAUUUCAAAAUCUGUUGACUAUCAAUUUAGAGUUUCUGCUGUAAACAAAGUUGGAUCUGGCGCUUUCUCGGAAGAGAGUGAACUAGUUCGAAUAGAUGACAAAAUCUAUUUUACCAAAAAAUUGGAAACUAUUGAAUUAACAGCGGUACCUGAAAAAGUUACUUUCAGUUGUGAACUGUCUCAGGAACUAAUGAUUAGCGAAUCUCCUGAUUGGUACAAGGAUGAAAAGCCAAUUAGAAAGAGUGAUAAAUACGAAAUUAGAUCGAAAGGAACUAGACACGAGCUUAUCAUUCACGAUGUAGAUGGAAAAUCUAUUGGAAACUAUAAAUGUAGCUAUAGAAAUGAAGAAACUACAGGAGAUUUAAUUAUCAAGACACCACCUACUUGUACUCUUCCUAAGAAAUAUGAAAGUGGAAUUAUUCUAAAAGUAGGCCAAGCUUUCGUAAUUGAGAUGCCUUUCCAAGGUUGUCCUCAGCCAAGUGUUAAAUGGGAAUUUAACGGAAAACCUAUUACCGAUUUAACAAGAAUUACAAUUGACACCAUAUUUAACAUGACCAAUCUUUCUUUAUCAAAAGCUAAGAAAAGUGAUACUGGAAAUUUCCAACUGCUCUUGGAAAAUUCUCAUGGAAAGAUAUCAAUUAAUGUCAAGGUACAGGUUAUUGAAAAACCCGAUCCCGUAAGAAAUCCAGUAGUUAAGGAAAUGGAUGCCACUCAAGUUUUUAUAGGCUGGAGUAAACCCGAAUACGAUGGUGGUAGCGAAAUAACAAAUUAUAACAUUGAAAAGAGAGAAGGAUAUAAAAAGAUGUGGCAAAAGGCAGGAACAACUAAGAAUCUUGAAUAUUUAAUUGAUCGUUUAGUUGAAGGAAAUUCAUACUCUGUAAGAAUAUUUGCAGAAAAUAUAGUUGGUUUAAGUGAAGAAGUUGAAUUACCAACGGUUAUCGUUCCCAAAUCUCAAUUUUCUGUUCCAAGUGCUCCAAUUUCACCUAUUGUAUCAGACAUAAGAAAAGAUUCUUGCAAAUUAACUUGGGAAGAACCAAGUUACAACGGAGGAAAACCUAUUAAACACUAUUUGGUGGAUAGAAGAGUCAAUGAUUCUACUAAGUGGAUUAGACUUAGAGAAAGACCUGCAACAUGCUCCUUACCCAUAAAUGAUCUAAGCGAAAAACACAAAUAUGAAUUCAGAGUUUUUGCCGAAAAUUCAGUAGGCAUAAGUGAGGGUUCGGAUAUUUCCAAGAGCUUCGUGGCUAAAGAUCCAUGGGAUACACCUGGUAAACCUGAAAAACCUAAAGUAUCAGAUCUACAUUCAACGUCAGUCAAAUUAUCUUGGAUGGAACCGAAAUCAGAUGGCGGAUCAAAAAUUAAAGGUUACCUAAUUGAACAGAGAAUGGAGGGAACUUUCAAGUGGAAAGCAGUCUCUAGAAAUAACGAAUUAGUAACCGAUACUCAGCUCAAAAUAGAUAAUCUUAUGGAUGAUAUGCAAUACGAGUUCAGAGUAUCAGCCGUAAACGAAGCCGGUCCAGGUGAAUUUAGCGAUUCUUCUGGAUUUUACAGAUGUAAAUCACCAAUUUCUGGAGAAAAACCAACUGUUAUCAGCCCAUUAAAGGAUGAAAAGGUGUUAACUGAAGAGGAUGUUGCAUUAAAAUGCAAAAUUAAUAAUGGAGAUUUAGCAAUUAAAGUUAAAUGGUUUAAAAACAAUAAAGAAAUUUAUAACUCCUCCAAAUACAUAAUAGUUAAUGACGGAGAAAAUUUGAAAUUAACUGUUUGUAAUUGUUCUAUUGAGGAUGAAGCUGAUUAUAGAGUUGAAGUCUCAAACGUCUUAGGAAAGAUCUCUAGCGAAGCUAAACUUACUGUUCUCAGUUCACCAAAGUUAAUUAUGGAUGAAAAGUAUAAAAAAGACUUGAUUUUCAAUGGCGGACAAGAUAUAAAUAUUCAUGUAAAGUUUCAAGGAAGGCCUAAACCUAAAUUCAUCUUAAAUAAACCAGAACAAUCCAACGCUUCAUUGAUAAUUGAAAAGAAUUACGUUACGUUAAAUGUACAAAGUGCUUCAGUGAUGGAUAGUGGAGCUUAUGAAAUUAUUGCAACAAGUGACGUUGGAAAGGAUAAUGGACUUUUAAAUAUGGCAAUUAUAGAUAGACCUAGUGAACCGCAAGAAUUUAAGGUCAUUAAACAAACGAAAAGUAGCAUCAGUUUGAGUUGGGAAUCUCCUAAGAGUGACGGAGGUUCACCUAUUACAAAAUAUAUAUUGGAGAGUAGAGAAAGUAGUAGAAGAAUGUGGAGUGAAUGUGCUAUUUUGAAUAAGGACUGUUGUGAAUACGAAGUAACCAGACUAAAAGAAGGAAAUGAAUUUAUGUUUAGACUGGCAGCUGAAAAUAUUGCUGGUAAAGGAAGUUUUGCACCUUUAACUGAUAGCGUUAUUGCUCAAUCUCAAUAUAAUCCACCAAGUAUGCCAACCAAUGUUAUGGCAGAUUCUAUCACUAAGAAUUCCGCCGUGUUAACGUGGGAAAUUCCAAAGAGAGAUGGAGGAUCACCAAUUACUGGAUAUUAUAUUGAAAAAUGUCAAGGAUUUAGCUCAAGAUGGACUAGAAUAAAUAAGGAUAGACCUGUAACUGAUCCAACUUUUGAAUUAAGAGAUUUGGUUGAAGGAAACGAUUACGAAUAUCGAAUAAUCGCCAUAAACGAAGCGGGUGAAAGUAAACCAUCGGAUUCUUGUACAAAAUUCACUGCCAAAAAUCCGUAUACUCAGCCAUCUGCUCCGUUGAAACCUAUAGCAAAACUAAAUAAAAAAUCAGUACAAGUCAGUUGGUCUCCACCUGCAUCUGAUGGAAAAUCAAAGAUUAUCAGUUAUAAACUGGAAGUAAAAGAAACUUUAAGUAAAACUUGGAAAACGGUUAAUGAAGAUAUCAAAGAUACAAACUACAUAUAUGAAAAAAUAGAACCAGAGAAAGAAAUUGAAUUUAGAGUAUCUGCCCUUAACAAGGCUGGAUACGGACCUACAUCAUCAUCUUCUAAUUCUAUAAAAUAUGAAGAGUCUAUUGGAUUUGAAGAAGAAUUAAAGGAUGUUGUAUUGAAAAAUGUUGAAAAAGACGUUGAAUUCAAAUGCAAGCUUACAAAGAAUACAGAAGUUACCUGGCAUUUUAAUGGAGAUUUUAUCAGAAGAAAAGCUGAUAAAUACGUUAUUGAGCAAAAAGACUUAGCACAUAAACUAAUUGUCAGGAACGUUGAUAGUAAAGAUAUUGGAGAGUAUACAGCAAAAAUUAAAAAUAACUCAUCAACUGGUCAAUUAGCUAUUCAAGCUGCUCCAAAAAUAGAUACUACUAAUCUUCAAGAUAAUCUUAUUGUCAAAGUUGGGGGAUUUUUAUCGAUUGAUAUUCCUUUCUCAGCUCAUCCUCAGCCUAUUGUUAAAUGGACUUUUGAUGGUACACCUUUAAUUUCAUCUCGAAGAGUUAACGUUGACGUUAUGAGAAACACGACUUCAUUAUCUAUAACAAAAGCUGAAAUGAAUAAUGCAGGAAAAUAUGCUGUUCAUCUUGAAAAUGAUUAUGGAAGCUGUACUUAUAAAAUUCAAAUAAGUGUUCUGGACAAACCUGAUACUCCUCAAAAACUUAAAGUCAAAAAAGUCAAUGAAACCUCCAUUGAUAUUGAAUGGAGUGAACCAAAAUCAGAUGGUGGAUCACCAAUUACUGAAUAUAUUGUAGAGAAGCGAGACUCUUAUAGAACAGGAUACACAGAAGUGUGCACAACAAAAUCGAAAUUUGCCACUAUUAAAAAGCUUACGGAAGGAAAUGAAUAUGUCUUUAGGGUUUCUGCAAAGAAUUCUGUAGGAGUGAGUAAUGGCAUUGAAUUAAGCGAAGGAGUUAAACCAAAAAGUCCUCAUGAUCCUCCCGGUCCGCCCACUAAACCAAGAAUAUCGAACAUUACUAGUUCAAAGUGUACAGUAUCAUGGCAACCUCCACAAACUGAUGGUGGUGCACCGAUUAAUGGCUAUCAUGUAGAAAAGAAAACAGAUCAAAGAUGGGUUUCUUCUAGCAAGAACCUCGUAAAGGAAAUAACAUUCGAGGCCAGCGAUCUAAUACAAGGAUCGACUUACGAGUUUAGAGUUAUUGCUGAAAAUAAAAUUGGAAAAAGUAAUCCGGGAGAACCAAGCGAACCAUUUGUUGCCAAAGAUCCAUGGGACUUACCGGGCCCCCCCGGAAUACCAGAAGUUAAAGAAAUGCUUAAGAGAGCUGUAGUACUGACUUGGGAACCUCCUAAAAAUGAUGGAGGAGAUAAAAUAACUAACUAUAUUAUCGAGCACAAGUUAGACGAUGAUUUCAAAUGGAUAACAGAUUCGGAAGGGGAAAAGGUCACAGAUACCAAUUAUAAAAUUACUGGAUUGAAGGAAAAAGAAAAAUAUGAAUUUAGAGUUGCAGCCGUAAAUAGAGCUGGCAAAGGACCAUUUUCUCAAUCGGACAAAGCAAUUAAAGUUCAAGAGCCAAUUGUAGGAAAAGCUCCCAAGUUAAUAACGAAUAUCGAAGAUCAAACAGCAGUCGGUAAAGAGGUAGUGAAAAUUGAAUGUGGAGUAGACAUUGGUGAGCCAGAAUCUGAAAUAUCUUGGUUCAAAUGUGACAAGCAGCUAAGAUCUGGUAGAAGAUAUGAAUUUAUCUAUUGGAACAAAGUGGCAACAUUAGUUAUCAAAGAUGCGGAGGGAAAGGACUCUGAUGAAUAUAAAUGCGUGGUAAGCAAUGCCUUAGGAACAGUCGAAAGUUCUGGAAAGCUAAACAUUAUCGUCAAACCAACACUGGAUUAUGAUCUAAGAUUUAAUGAUAAGGUUUCCUUAAGAGCAGGAUCAAAUCUGAGUAUACCAAUCUCUUUUACUGGAAUACCUAAGCCAAACGUAAAUUGGAAGUUCAAGGGUGAUAAUCUUUGCUCUACACCAAAAACGAGUAUUCAGUCUUUGACAGAUCAAAGUACUUUACAUUUGAAAAAUGUUAGUGCUGAAAAUCAAGGAGUUUAUACAUUUAUUGCGGAAAAUAAAGCUGGAAUUGUCAGUAAAGAUAUCCAAAUUGUAGUUAGAGAUAAACCAUCGGCCCCAAAUAACUUAACUAUGGUUGAUUUAACGCUCGACUCUGUAAAAUUCAAUUGGAAAGCUCCAGACUCUGAUGGUGGAAGUCCAAUAACAGGAUAUACAAUUGAAAAACGAGAGAAAUCAAGACAAACAUGGAUUGGAGCUGGAACAACAAAUUCGAAAACUACUGAAUUUAGUGUUGGGCGCCUAUUCGAAGGAACAACCUAUUUCUUCCGCGUUGCUGCAGAAAAUGAGGUUGGAACGUCAGAAUUUGUUGAAUUAGAUAAAGGAGUGACGCCCAAAGCUUCCAUUGGAGCCGCAUUCGAACCAAGAAAUUUAAGAAUAAAGAAAGUGACAAAAUCAGGUGUAGCAUUAUCCUGGCAACCACCAUCAGAUGAUGGUGGAUCCAAGAUAAAAGGAUAUGUGAUUGAACAUAGACAGAGUUACGGAACAAAAUGGAGUAAAACAGUAAGAGAGCUCAUCAAAGAGACAGAACACGAAAUUGUUAACCUAAAUGAAGGAGACGAAUUAUCAUUUAGAGUUAUCGCUGUAAAUGAUGCUGGAGAAGGUAAACCUUCAGACUCCACUUCACCAGUUAAGAUUAAGGAUCCAUACGAUAAACCAUCGGCUCCUCAAAAUUUGGAAAUAAAGUCAUCUUCCAAAACUUCUGCUUCCUUGGCUUGGUCCGCUCCAAGACAAGACGGAGGUUUACCUAUAAUUAAUUAUAGGGUUGAAAAGAGAUCGCUUGGUGCUUAUCAAUGGGAAGCAGUUAAUAUUACAGAUAAAAUUACAUCAACUAGAUUUACUGUUGACAAUCUACCCGAAGAUAAUGAUUAUGAAUUUAGAGUCUUGGCGGAAAAUGGAUCUGGUAUUUCAAAGCCGUCAAAUGUUACUAGAACUAUAAAAACACGUGAAAAAGUGAACUUUACCGCUCCUUUGCGGGAUAUUAGCAUCUCGGGUUUGGGAGGAAGAGCAAUAUUAGAAGUGGAAUCCAAUAAACCGAUAGAGAAAUCACAGUGGAUGAAAGACGGUCUUGAAAUAACUCCAUCAAAAAAAUAUGACUUUUCAGUGAGUGGCAGAAAGCACAGUUUAACUAUAAAUAACUUGGAUUCAUUGGAUAUGGGAGAUUACGCGGUUAUAAUGAAAGGUCAACGAUCUGUUGCUAGGCUCACUGUAGCAGCUAAACCUACAAUUUCUAAGGAUUAUAUUGAGCCAGUAAUUGUAAAUGCUGGAACUUCACUUGUUUUAGAAGUCCCUUAUACAGGCAGUCCUCAACCUCGAGUAUCUUGGAAGUAUAAUAAUCUCCAUCUGCAAGAAUCUUAUAGAAUUAGCACAGAUACUAUACAUAACUUAACAAGUCUAGAUAUUCGUAGAAUUGAAAAAUCUGAUGCGGGGAUCUAUACUGUCUUUGUAGAAAAUGAGCACGGUACAGCUAGAAUAGACGUAGAAGUUACAGUUUUAGAUAAACCUCAACCACCAACUAACUUUACAGCAUCUAAUGCAACCAAUACAUCUGUUCAGUUAUCAUGGAAUAAACCAAGAGAUGAUGGCGGUUCACCAAUUAUAUCUUAUAUAGUUGAAAAGCGAGAUGCUCUACGACUCACUUGGAAACAAGUUGCAUCCACAAAAGAUUUAAAAGCAAAAACAACAGAUUUAAAUGAAGGAGUUCAAUAUAUCUUCAGAGUAUGCGCCACAAAUGCAGUAGGAAAAUCCGAUUAUGUAGAGUUAAUAAAACCAAUAGAAACUACUGGAAGUGGAGAUAAACCAAAUGAACCUCAAGAUUUACAAGUUGAAGAAGUAACCAAAAAUUCUUGCGUGCUAUCAUGGAAUCCUCCUAAGGUUGAUAAAAAGAGUCCAAUAUAUGGAUAUCAUAUCGAACGACGAGUUAAAGCUGGUAGAGAUACUUGGAUUAAAGUCAAUUCCUUACCAGUUACGGAUAUGUACUACCAAUCAUCUGAUCUUGUUUCACCAAAUGAGUAUGAAUAUAGAGUGAUUGCUGAAAACCGCUCAGGCUUCUCAGAACCUAGCAAUACAGUAGCAGUGAUAGCUAGAGAUCCAUACAAAGUACCAGGAAAACCAACCAAUUUAAAUGUCUCAGACAUUAGUAAACGGUCGUGUAGAUUAUCUUGGCGUCCUCCGAUUUCUGACGGUGGUGAUCCAAUUAGAAAUUAUAUUGUAGAAUUCAGACCGAGAAGUUCCUUUGGAUGGCAAAGGGAUGGUAUUGCUGAUUCUUUUAGUACUUCUUGUAAAGUUAAUGGAUUAGCAAUGGGUGAAGAAUAUGAAUUUAGAAUAGCAGCGGAGAAUAGAGCUGGUUUGGGUCCAUGGUCAGAUAACUCUGAAGUUGUUAAAGUAGAAGAACCUAUAAUAACUGAGAAACCGGCUGUCCUAUGUGGUUUACAAGACGUAAUAGCCGUAGCAGGGAAGCAAGUUAAGUUAGAAUGCGAUCUAUACGGAGGUGAACCUUUAGCAAAGAUAACAUGGUAUAAAGACAAACGCGAAAUAUAUUCGGGCCAGAAAGCAAAGCCUUCAUAUGAUCCUUAUAAUCAAUUAGCAACUUUAACCAUAAAUUCAGCUGACCUUUUGGAUGAAGGAAGAUAUCUUUGCGAAGCUAUAAACCCAAGUGGAAAAGUAUCAAGCACCUGCAGAUUAACAGUUCGAUCUCUACCAGCAAUAGAUCGGGAUUCGAAGAAUCUUGACAAUAUCGAAGCUAUUGAAAACUCUCCGAUUAGUCUGCCUGUUAACUAUACUGGUCAACCAAAGCCAACAAUAACUUGGAUGAAGAAUGGUAUACCUAUUAGAUCUAAGCUGGGAAUUCAAUUGGAACAGAUGGAAAAUUACGCCUGUUUGAAUAUUAACAAUGCUAAUAUUUCUGAUAGCGGAAGAUACUCGGUAAUCAUUGAGAAUUCUGUUGGAAAAGAUCAAACUGACUUUAAUGUUUUAAUAAGAGCUCCGCCUUCAGCUCCUGUUAACCUUAGAGUUCAAUCCAUGCAAAAUGACUAUUUAACUUUGGCUUGGGAUUCUCCAAUAUCUACUGGCGGUAUUCCCAUAGCUAAUUAUAUUGUUGAACGACAAGGACCCGGCCCGAAUUGGACAGAAGUAGCAAGAGUUGAAUCUGGAGUCAACUCUGUCAAAUUAGGCCAUUUGAAGAAAGACGAAGAAUACAAUUUUAGGGUCUUUGCUGAAAAUAAAGCUGGAAGAGGAGAAGCUGUAAAAACGGCAUACUCCAUAAAAAUGCAAAAGUACGCGGAUGUUCCAUCAGCUCCAAAAAAUCUUCAAAUGUUAGAGAGACAAAAUGCAAUCAUUCUUGAAUGGAAGACACCUUCUGAUGGAGGAUCACCUAUAUUCAAUUAUAUUAUUGAAAGAAGUGUAAACUCAAAUAGAUUCACUCAAAUCGGAAGAGUAUCAGCCUAUGAUACUUAUUUUAAAGAUUCUAAUACAACUGAAGGAAUUUACGAAUAUAGAGUUUACGCAGAAAACGAAUGCGGAGUUGGUCCAUAUGCAAACUUUGGACCUGUUAAAGUAAUUAGCGAGGAAAGACCACCAAAACCUGACAAACCCGAAAUAGUAUCGUUUACUAAUAAUUCCGUAACUUUACAAUGGAAUUUACCAAAGACUAAAAAGCCUAUAAAUAAUUUUAAAAUACAAGCCAAAUCAAACUACGGAUGGAGUUUAGUGGCAGAUAAAGUUUGGAGUUCACCUUUCACAAUUCCAGAUUUGAUAGAGGGUGUUAAAUAUCAAUUUAAAGUCGCCGCUACAAAUAAACAAGGCAUGGGAGAAUUCUCAGAUGCGUCCGAACCAAUAAUACUCCGUGAAUCUAUACGAGAAGUUGCACCUGUUAUUUCUAGUGUAAAUGAUAUUUACGUAUCAAGAGGUGAUGAUGCUAAAAUAGAUUGUAACAUUGGAGGAGUUCCAGCCCCGACAGUUAAUUGGUACAUGGGCGGGAAAAAGCUGUAUUCCUCUUUUAAAUAUCAAUUAAGAACAAGGGAUUCUAAAUAUAGCCUGACUGUAAAGGAUAUUAGCGAAUCUGAUAUUGGAGAGUAUACGAUAGAAGCUUCAAAUAACAAAGGCCAAGCUAAAGCUCAAUUUAGACUAAAGCUGAAAACUCCUCCGAAACUGAAAUUUGACAAUACUCAUGAACAAUUCCUAAUCCGUAAAGGAGAAACCUGUAGACUAAACGUUUCAUUAGAUGGUGUUGGUAGUUUAACAGAAGUAAGGUGGUUUAAAGAUGGAGUACUACUGAGAUCUGGUAGAAAUAUUAGAGUUCACACCGAUGAUUUUGAAACACUUGUUUCAAUAUCUAAUACUUCAAAACAAGAUGAAGGCACUUAUAAGCUGGAAGUUAAAAAUGACGCUGGAUCAGCUUACGUUGUCUUUGAUAUUACAGUAACAGAUGUGCCUUCCCAACCAACAAACUUACAAACUCAUCAAGAUAGGUCAUCUGUAAAAUUGGAUUGGAGAAAACCGAGAAAUGACGGAGGGUCGAAAAUUUUAAAUUAUAUUAUAGAAAAGAAAGAUGGCAGAAAUUGGACCCAUGCAGAGAAAACACCAGCUAGGAACAAUUCCUGCACUAUUAAUAACCUUAGGCCUGGAUCUGAUUACUACUUCAGAGUCUACGCAGAGAAUGAAGUUGGUAGUGGAGAACCAAUCGAAACAACUGUGCCUAUCUAUAUCAAGAAAGAAGUUGAUGACAAACCACCAAGAGCUUCAACACCAAGCAGAGGAAGAAGUCCAUAUAUUUAUAGACGAACCACGGCAUCUUCUAGAUCACCUACAACGUCACCUUCUCCUUCACCAUCAAGGCCUUAUGAAAUUAUUGCGGAAGCUCCGAUUCCAAGAAACUUUAAACCACUCGAAGUUAGGAGAGAUAGUGUCACUUUACUGUGGGAACCAGGAUAUUCCAAUUCUAAAUAUCCGAUCAAAUCUUAUAUUAUUGAAAAGAGUCAAGUACCCACAUCAUCUUGGACAAGAGUUGCCAAAAUUCCUCCUCAUACUCAGAGAUAUACUGUUCCUGAUUUAACUGAAGGUGCUUCGUACAGAUUUAGAAUCCUAUCUGAAUAUCCAGAAGGAUUUUCUUCACCUUUGGAAUUCGAUGAACCAAUUUUCACUAAAAAACUUGCCGAACCACCAAGUAAACCUUCAGGUCCAGUGACCAUUGAACAAGUUAAUCCGACUACUUUCAAUUUACAAUGGCAGCCACCUUUGAAUACAGGAGGUAGCCCCAUCAAGGGUUAUUUAAUCGAAAUGACUGAUGCUAAAGGAUGGCGAAAGAUUGCCUAUAAUACGCCUAGAAAUUUGAAACAUAACGUCUACGGUCUCGAAGAGGGAGAAACUUAUUUCUUUAGAAUAACAGCAGAAAACGAAGCUGGUUUAAGCGUUCCUCUACAAAGCGAUUGCCUAAACGUAGAAAGGGAAAGAAGACGAUUUACACCAUUCGAAAGGAGAACGCCAACAAGAGAAAGAAUCGUUCUGAAAUGGGAUGAACCGAAGGUAUACGACAGAAAGAAGAUUACCGGUUAUAUUAUCGAAAAACUCGACACGUCUUCAAGAAAAGAUUGGCAAGAAAUCGAUAGAGUUGGCUCUAAUUUGAGAAAAUAUGACGUUCCACUUUAUCACGAAAGGAAUUACAAGUUUAGAGUUCGGCCUAUUUUAGAUACCGGAAUUGUAGACUACGUAAUUAAGGAGGAAGAGCAUACUUAUGAAACUCAUAAACGUCCACCUUCUAUUCCCCAAGGACCGAUUAGAGUUGAAAAUAUAACAAGCGAAAGUGCUAAAUUGACUUGGAAAAAGUCUGAAUAUGAUGGAGGCUCUCCAAUUACAGAUUAUGUGGUUGAAAUAAGAGAUUUAACGAAAUCAAGACCUUUCUGGACAAAAAUCGCAAGUGUACCACCAUCCAAAUGCGCUCUAUAUCUAGAUGAUAUGGAGGAUAACAAGCAAUACGUUAUUAGAGUCCUUGCAAAGAAUGCUGUUGGGGAUAGUUUUCCACUUCUCUCUGAUAUUAUUACACCAAUCAGAUCAUUAAUUCCACCAUCCGCACCUGGCGGACUGAGAAUUGUUACAAGUACUGGAAAUGCUUCCACGCUACAAUGGCUACCUCCUAAGCACGAAGGUAGUUCAGCCAUUUCAAAAUACAUUAUAAUGAAGAAGGAGUCUAAAAGAACAGUAUGGGAAAAGGCUGCUGAAGUGGAUAGUACAACUAACAGAUAUACAGUUUCAAACUUAAAUGAAGAAAAGAGUUACGAUUUUGCAGUUUAUGCUGUAAAUGAAGCUGGAGAAGGAAAGAGGUCCAGUACAGAAUUUGUAGGACAACCAACUGCAAAACUCCGUAGCUUUUCGGGAGUUGAAAAAGUGGAUUUAUCAAGAGACAGAUCAAGAGAAAGUAUUGGUUUGGGAGUUAGACCAAGGAGAAGCUACUCAGGUAUAGAGAGAAAAGACUUACCAAGCGAAAGAGAGAGAAGCUACUCAAUAGUCGAAAAAGAUGUUCUCUUUGGUGGCAAGGGAGAUAUCUAUACAGGCGUAUAUGCUUCCUAUAAAACAAUGAAAGUGGUUACAGAAGAGAAACCUCCUACGGGUAGACCAAAGAGAUUUAGACGUGAGGAAGUCGAUUCACAACCACGCUAUGAGCCAAAACCAGAAAAAAGGACUGCGCCAUCUCAACCGAGAGGACCGAUAGAGAUAUUGGAGAUUACCAGAACUACCAUAACUAUUAGCUGGUUGCCUCCUGCAUCGGAUGGAUGUGCGGCAAUAAGCAACUAUAUAAUCGACUAUAAAGAAAUAAAUAAGUCUUGGAGACUCUCAUCAAGAAUACCAGCACAUAAGACAUCUCAUACUAUUACCGAUCUCAGAGAAGGAAAAUCUUAUUAUUUUAGAGUUUCGGCCGAAAAUUAUGUCGGAACAUCGCAACCUCUUGUACUAAAUUUACCAGUAAGUCCGAGACGGUCAGCAGCAAGACCUUCCGCUCCGAUUGACAUUAUUAAUGUAGAAUGGUCGGUUGAUGGGUCACCUACAUUAACGUGGGCCGAACCGGAAGACGAUGGUGGAACUAAAAUCGUAAGAUACAUUGUAGAAUAUAGAGAAUACGAGUCAUUCGACUGGAAAUUACUUGAAAGAAUUAGUAGAAGAAAGAUUUCCAUACCUAAUUUCAAGAGUUCAAAAUAUUAUCUAAGAAUCAGCGCAGAAAAUGAAGUAGGAAGAGGAGAUUCGUUAGAAAUAGAUCUAAAAGACUACGAAAGCGUCAAGAAAACAAUGGCUCCUCCCAGUCGCCCACAAAUUCCACUCGUUGUAACACCGUCAGAAGGUUCCGUUCAGUUAGCAUGGCAACCUCCUAAAUACGAUGGAUCAAGCGAUAUUAUAUCAUAUACUAUAGAGAUGCGAGAUAUAGCAGAACCUAAAUUUAGAUGGGUUCCUGUUACAAGACUAUCUGCUAAAGUCUUUACGUAUGAGGUCAAACAUUUGACUGUCGGUCAUAAGUAUUACUUUAGAAUUUGUGCCGAGAACAAAGCGGGCAAAAGCGAUUGGCUAGAAUCUAGAACGAGUGCUGAGGCUAAAAAUCCUAUUGUUACACCAACAUCUCCAAAUGAUUUGGAAUUAGUCUCAAUUAAUCACGAAAUAGUAAAAAUAUCUUGGAAGGAACCAUCGGACGAUGGUGGUAGUCCCAUAACGGGAUAUGUUGUGGAAAAAAGAGAACCUGGUUCAACUAUUUGGCACCCAAUAUCGAGAUUGGAUAAUAAAACGUUUAAUUUUGCCAUAAGAAAUCUCUCUGCCAACAUAACCUAUUUCAUUAGAGUAGGCGCUGAAAAUAUACUAGGAGUUGGCAAUUGGAGAGAAUUAUCUGAUUCCGUCCGAUUAUCAGCUUCAGGCGAGCAGCUGCCUCACGAACCUACAAAUAUUAGAGCAGUAGAAAUUUCAAGUGAUACUGUUAAAUUAAGCUGGGAUGCGCCAAUAUCAUCGGGAACAGCUCCCAUCACAGGAUUUUAUAUUGAACAGAAAGUUGGAAAUAGAAAUUGGAGAAAUAUUGGAUAUGAUAAUCCUCAUAGAUUGUGGUGGAGUGCUACAAAAUUAAAGGAGGGCGUUACAUACUUCUUUAGAGUUUGUGCAGAAAAUAGAUUCGGAAAGGGUGAUUGGGGAUAUAGUAAAGCAAUUGUUCCAGCAACAAAAACAGUAAAAAUUGCUAUACCCAGUUCACCGUCACUAUUCCAAAUUAGUAAGGCGACAGAUACUGCAGUCACUUUGUCGUGGAUGCCACCAGAAAAGAAUAGAGAUAGAAUUAACAAGUAUCUAUUGGAAAUGAACGAUGGAAAUUCAUGGGUUAAAAUCAGAGAGGUUGAUCCAUGCGAUGUCCUUCGUUCAACCGUUGAUAGAUUAAGGAAGGAUCGAAAUUAUCAAUUUAGAGUUAGCGCUAUUAACGACGGAGGAAAAGGGGUUCCCACUCAAAUUGACUACUCUCCUUCUGGCGAUAGCCAAGUAGGUACUCCCGAUACACCGCUUGGUCCAUUAAAAAUCGUAAGAGUAACUCGAAGAGCAGUCCACUUAAAGUGGUCCAUGCAGACUGAAAGAAGCAAUAUCGAUCGUUAUGUUAUAGAGAAGAGAGAAGCGACCAAAUCAAAGUGGACCAAAGUAGCAACAACACCUUCCGGAGUCACUGCAGUAGUCGUUAGCGAUUUGAUCGAGGAUAAAUUGUAUUAUUUUAGAGUUUGGUCUGAAAACACAAAUGGAAAGAGCAGCUCGUAUAUUGAAAUUGAUAUACCAGUUGCAACUAAACGAGUAUUAGAAGUCGCUUCGCAACCGAAUAUUGAAAUGUACACAAGAGAAAUCUACGAGGAAAGAACAGCAGCUGGAAGAGUCGAAACAAUCGUCUCUGAACGUUCAACCACUGCUUUUUCAAGAUACGGAGAUUUGCCGUUAUCUAACGUUUCUUCUGACAAACUUGCUCCGAAGUUUUAAAAUACUCUUUAAUUUUGCUUUGAAAGUACUAUAAUUUUAUCUAAAAAUAGAUAAAAUUAUAGUAUUUUAUUUAUCAAUAUGUGGAUUUAUAAGAUUGCGGUAAAAAAUGAAAAAAGGGUAAAAUUUUGAAAAUCGUCUAUUGCAAAUAUGCUUCUAGAUAAUUUAUGUCUCACACAUGUUUUCUUUCGACUUAUACUGCAAAUAUUCCUUUGCUAAAGUUUGCAUAUUUAAUUAAAAAAAGGGCAUGCAAAAUUAAUUAACUAUCUAUCCCUUUUUUGAUUUAAUUGAAAUUGGCAUGGAAAAGAAAUAUUUGCUUUGUAUCGAGUGUUCAUAUCUUUAAACAUUCUCUAAAUUAUUUACUUUUUUUUUCAUUCUCUCUUUGUCUUUUUCUCUCUCCUCUCUUCCUUUCUUUCAGGGCAGUUUAUUUGUAAGCUGCCUGUAAAAUGAGAAGAAGAGGGGAAGAAAUGAUUUGAGGUAUGAGUGAAAAAGAAAAUAUUUACCAAAACAUAAAAAAAACUAAACAAGGUUGAUACACCAUUAGAUUAAAAACUUUGAUAUUAGUUCUUAAAGAAAUUCAUUGUCAAUACUAAGAGAAAAAGAAGAUGAUUUAUUCACUUUUCUCGUUGACAAUACCAUAUUGGAACACUACAUUUUACAUAAUGAAAUAAUAAUUAAUUCUUUUUUCAUUGCGAAAAAAAUUGAAUUUGAACCGAAAAGAAAAGGGAUAAAAAUCAUUCACUAAAUACGAUUUAUGAAUGAAAACAAAAAACAAUCGAAUUUUUUGGUAUAAGCCAAAAAAUGGGAAAAAUAUGGCUGUUAAUAUAAAAUGUUAAUAUCAUAUAUACAAUAUAUAUAUAUAUAUAUAUCUGUAUAGAUGAAAUUAUACAAAUUUUCAGCCAUUUUAUCAUUGAAUGCAAGCUUUCAAAUUAAUAAAAUGAUUGUGUGUCUUUUGUAAUCAUCUGCAAGUUUAUAUAUAUAUAUAUAUAUAGAUAAAAAAUGCAUUGUGUUUUGGAAAAUAUUCAUCUCAAUACUAAAGUAAUAAGGUUUUUAUUGUUUAAAAUAAUUUAAUUGUGCCUAUCAUUUGUG